UCAUUUGAAUUUCAUAUAACUUUUGGCAACAAGCUGUAUGUUGAUUGAUAUCAGAAGCUUUCAUCGUCGUGAGUUAAGAAUUUAUAAAUAUGUGUUGACGUUUAGGAAUGAAGAUAUGGGGGAUAGUUCACCAUCUCCUUCAGCAGAUGAAUCUUCAAGUGUUUGUGCAGGAUGCAUGAAUAUCAUCGACGAUGAUGAAUUUUUAGAGGCGUUAAGCAAUGAAUGGCAUGUAGAUUGCUUUAGGUGCUCUGUUUGUGAUAUCUUGUUAUCUAACUGGUAUUUUGAAAAAGAGGGACUUUUGUUUUGCAAAGAUGAUUAUUGGUCCAAGUACGGAGAGUCUUGCCAAGAUUGCAAUGCUGUUAUUACGGGUCCAGUUAUGGUUGCAGGUGAUCAUAAAUUCCAUCCAGAAUGUUUCAAGUGUACCAAUUGUGGUGGAUUUAUUGGCGAUGGGGACUCAUAUGUUUUGGUGGAACGGUCAAAGUUAUUUUGUGGUGGCUGUUAUAAAAGACAUAUGCAGCCCAUUGCUGAGCAAUUCAGUCGCCUACCACACAGUAUCCAGCUUGUUGAAAUUCCCGUGAAUGACAGCGGCUGUGAAAGAAAAAUUAAGCUCUCUGUAAAUAAUCCAAAAUGCUCAACAAUCAGUGGGGUUCGAUUAGGAGUUCAUGUUGUAGAAUUGUUGUACCACUAUAGUAUUGAUAUGAGCCCAGAUCUGAUGUCAAUUCACGUUGGAGAUCGUAUUCUCGAGGUCAAUGGGGUGCCAGUCAAAAAUCAAGCUUUAGAAGAAAUUGAGGAACUGAUUAAAACUGCUAACAAGCCCUUGCAGCUGACCAUUGAGCACGAUCCCAAUGUUAUUCCUAAACAUCCAGCCAUUCCAUAUUCACAUCAGCAAGUAACGAAAGAAAGACUGUACAAAAAAAGAGAUGGAAGAUCACGCCAACUUAAACGGGGUAGUAAAGAAAGAUCUUCCUCUUUGCCAAGAUUUCUUGCUUGUGACUCAUCUGCUUCCAAUAAAAACUCCUAUGAUCUGAGUCGUACAAAGUCAUUCCGUGUUGAGCCGAAGAAUCACAGAAUUUUUCGUGCUUCUGAUCUAGUCCAGGGAAAACUCUUAGGAAAAGGGUUUUUCGGCCAAGUGUUUCAGGUGACCCACAAAGAAACGGGCGAAGUAAUGGUUAUGAAAGAACUUUAUCGUGUUGAUGAAGAAGCUCAAAAGAAUUUUCUAAAAGAAGUAGCAGUACUUCGAUCACUGUGCCAUGAAAAUGUACUCCAUUUUAUUGGUGUCUUAUAUAAAGACAAGAAAUUGCACCUAGUCACAGAGUACAUCAGUGGUGGUACAUUAAAAGAAAUUAUUCAUGAUCUUAAUCAAACUUUGCCAUGGACUCAGCGAGUAAGCUUUGCUAGAGAUAUUGCAUCUGGAAUGGCAUAUCUCCAUUCAAUGAACAUCAUUCAUCGAGAUUUGAAUUCAAACAACUGUCUAGUAAAAGAAGACAGAACUGCAGUAGUGGCUGAUUUUGGUCUGGCUCGAAUAAUUUCUGACCAUAAUAUUCAUCACUCCUCUCGAAGAUAUGGAAAACGAAGUACUCCAAAAAAAUAUGAAAGGAAAAAGCGAUAUACUGUUGUAGGAAAUCCUUAUUGGAUGGCGCCUGAAAUGAUGAAGGGGAAGAAGUAUGAUGAGAAAGUAGACAUAUUUUCUUUUGGAAUUGUUUUAUGUGAGAUUAUUGGCAGAGUUUUGGCUGAUCCUGACUAUUUGCCGAGGAGCCAUGACUUUGGAUUAAAUACUGUAGUCUUCAAAGAAAAGUUUUGUGCCACAUGUCCAGAAACAUUCUACAACAUUGCCUUUCUUUGCUGUGAUUUGGACCCUGAAAAAAGGCCUCCAUUUGAGCAACUUCAGCCUUGGUUUCAAGGUAUGGUAAUCCACUUUGCUGUUGGGGCUUCUUUACCGGAAGAAAUGGUCAAUGAGGUGCUUAAUUAUCGCCAAAGGAGUCCUACUUCAUCUUCCUCAGAAUCAACCCCUGAGGCUCUGGUCCACAGCACUACCUGUCCAAGUCUUCAUGCUUUGAGCAAGCAUGAUGAUAGCUCAUUUGACUCCUGUAAUGCAGUUACUUACGAGUUGUAGGUAAAAUGCAUUAUAGUUUAUAGUUUUAAAGUGACUGACUUGAAGAAAUCUGAUAAUCUUAGUGUUAUUUUUUCCUCAAACGUGAAUCUCAUUGUAUAAAUUCUUCUCAGUAUAAUUUUUAUGCUGUAAAUGUAGCAUUUAUUGUUUUGUUUUUAAAAAGACAAGGAUUACAUUAUUGCAGUAUUUUGUUAUCCAAUGUUUUAGUAUUUUCCAUUUACACAAUCACUAAUAUGAACAUUCCCAGCUCUAUUCGAAUCGACCAAGAACGAUGUGAUAUAUUCUUUCAAAUUUUUCUUUUUGGUCAUUCUAAAUUUUAUGACAUCAUAUAAAUAAUCAUUAAAAACACUAAAGAGAAUGAAAAUAUUUUUAAUACACCCUUUCCCUAUUAUCAAAAAUUAUAUGAGGUUUGAAUAAAUUUAGAUUUCAUUUCAUUUAUUUUUCCCUUAGAAAUCAACUACAGCAUCAAUUAUUGUGUAAAAUACUAUCUGUCUAACCGAAGAACUCCCUCGCUAGUCAUUUAAAAUAACUGUCAGUGUCUUUGGUUACGAGG